AUGCAGAAUAGAACCACAAACGGUACGGAAUUUAAUGUCACCAUCGAAGAACUCAACAGACAACAAGUUUUGAUAAGACUUCCGUUUACUAUUCUUAUUGCAUUAACUAUGACCACAGGUUUUGUUGGAAACAUUUUAACUAUUUACGUUUAUGGAUUCCGUUUGAAAUUAUCACCAACUUAUUUCUUUGUCGUGAUGCUGGCUUGUGCUGAUUUGACCCUGUGUGUCUUUGUGACACCAGCUCGUAUUGUCCAAAAUGUUUAUCCUAUGAUGACAAUCUGGGAUAUAUUGUGCAAGUUCCAUUUGAGCCUAUCAGUAUUUACUGGACUUUGUAACUGUGGUUUUUUACUGGCCAUUGCAACGGAUAGAUACAGAAAAGUAUGCCAACCACUGAAGUCUCAGAUAACAAUGAAAGCUGCGAAAAUCAUCACAGCCUGUAUUUUUAUUUUCUGUGCAAUACAGGGAAGUAUUGCUUUUAUUUACUAUGGAAGUAUCAAGAAACCGACGAAAUAUCCAGGAAUCUACAGCUAUUCCUGCUCAGCAAAAAACUACAAGAAGCCAAAUUAUUAUCAACUUGGGUUUUUUGCUUUCUACUUUCUCGUAGCAAUGGUUACGUUUGUUGUUCUCGUAGUUCUGUACACCAUACUUCUUCGACAUAUGAAGGCGAUGGAGAAAAAAACACAUAUCGAAUCCCAACAAAAUAAGGAAGUUGCUACAAGCAUCCCCUGUCCCGAUAAGAUUCGACAAAAUUUUUAUAACGUACCAGAAACGGUUGAUUCUAAUCAAUUACCUUCGAACGAUUCUCUAGAUGUAGUUGAAUUGUCUGCUCCCGAAAUGUCAUCUAAAGUUUCCUCGGAUGAAAUAUCAAAGGUAAAUACGGAAAGUAUGGCACCUCGUAUGACUAAAUUACGAGAAGCGGACAAAGAAAGACGAGCAAAAGAACAAGCCGACAGGAUAAAGCGUACCACUAUAACGAUGAUGAUGAUUACAGUAGUCUUUAUAGUAACUUAUUUGCCCUGCAUUACUACCUUGAUAGUAAACGCAGUUGUGAAAUCACUAAGCUCGGUUUCGACAACAGCAGCUUUUUUCUAUUGGUUUGCACGACAUAGUUUUUACAUCAGUUCUUGCUCAAAUCCCAUUGUUUACAGCUACAGGAACCAAAAUUUUAUAGACGAAAUUAAAAAGAUGUUUGGAGUAAAACGGAAAUAA